CGGGCGGGCGCGGAGGCGGCGUCUGCUCCCACCCCCAGAUCACAUGGUGACCCUCGGCAGCCAAUGCAGUGGACGCUAGGACCCUGCGGGACCCCGGGCGCCGCGACUGCACCGGCGCCGCUGCAUUAUAAAUACUUCUCCAAAAUGCGGCGCAGCUCCCAGCGCGCGCCCCGGCCGCCCGCCGCCUCCGCCCCGCGCUCCUGAGCCGCCACCGCUGCCGUCGCCGCGGGUCCGAGGGCGCCGCGCCCUUGCCCUGGGCCGGGGCUGUGCCGGCCCGCAGCCCGGCCCGCCUCCCCGCGCUGCGCCUCCCGGCCGGGUGCAUGCAUUGUGAGCCUCCCGACAUGGUCUGCGAGACGAAGAUCGUGGCCGCCGAGGACCAUGAGGCGCUACCGGGGGCCAAGAAGGACGCGCUGCUCGCCGCCGCCGGCGCCAUGUGGCCCCCGCUGCCCGCCGCGCCCCCACCCGAGCCCCAGCCCCUGGGCGGUGCGGAGGACGCGGGUCCGCCGGAGGGGCGCGGCGUGUACAUCCGCGAGUUCCGCGCGGCCGAGCAGGAGGCGGCGCGCCGCAUCUUCUACGACGGCAUCAUGGAGCGCAUCCCCAACACGGCCUUCCGCGGCCUGCGGCAGCACCCGCGCACGCAGCUGCUCUACGCCCUGCUGGCCGCGCUGUGCUUCGGCCUCACCCGCUCGCUGCUGCUGACCGCCCUGGUGACGGCAGUGCUGCUGGGGCUGCGCUACUACUACAGCCGCAAGGUGGUCCUGGCCUACCUGGACUGCGCCCUGCACACCGACAUGGCCGACAUCGAGCAGUACUACAUGAAGCCCCCCGGCUCCUGCUUCUGGGUGGCGGUGCUGGACGGCAACGUGGUGGGCAUCGUGGCGGCGCGGGCCCACGAGGCGGACAACACCGUGGAGCUCCUGCGCAUGUCCGUGGACUCGCGCUUCCGCGGCAAGGGCAUCGCCAAGGCGCUGGGCCGCAAGGUGCUGGAGUUCGCGCUGGUGCACGACUACUCGGCGGUCGUGCUGGGCACCACCGCCGUCAAGGUGGCCGCCCACAAGCUCUACGAGUCGCUGGGCUUCAGACACAUGGGCUCCAGUGACCACUACGUGCUGCCCGGCAUGACCCUCUCGCUGCCCGAGCGCCUCUUCUUCCAGGUCCGCUACCACCGCUACCGCCUGCAGCUGCGCGAGGAGUGACCGCCGCCCGCCCGCCGCCGCCCGUCCACCUGCGCCCGCCCGCCCGCCGCCCGGGCCGCUCUCAGACGCUCGCCUCGGCGCACCUGCCGGGUUCUCCCGUUCUCAACACCCCGCGGUUCUCUGGCUGCUUGUGGGGGCGGGGCCGCCGCUCGUCCGGGACUCUCGGGGGGGUGGGGCCGCCGCCGCUGGGCCCCGCCCUCCUCAGCCUGCGGGCCCCGCCCUGAGGAGUGGCGGCACCGACCACCACCUGCCCACGCAGGGGCCCGGCUCUGGCUCCCGGGGCUCCCGGCCCGAGGCCGUCCAGGCGGGCCCGGCCUGGCCCGCCGGAGCACAGAACCUCGGCAGGGGAGCCCUGCCCAGCAGACGCCUGGCCACCAGCCAGGCUCCGGCCCGGCCGUCGCUCCCCAGGAGGCGUGGCCUGCUGGGCCGGCCGGCCGCGGCCCCAAGGGCCCCUCCGCUCUGUGCAUGCCGAGCACGUGGCCUGGCUGCAGCAUGCUGCAUGCCCGCGGCGCCCGCCUUGCCGCCCUGCCCACCGGGCCCGGACUGGAGAGCGCCCCUGCCCAGCCCCGAGCCAGCCCCGGCGGCCCCCUGCUCUCGCGAGGGCCGGUCCCGCCAGCCCCUUGCUGCGCCCAGUUCAGCUUUGCUUUGACACCCAAUCACCUUCUUUCCUUUCGGUCCCUGCCCCUCCCCUGCCUGGGCUUUGCUGAUUGGAGCCAACACCCAGGUGUGGUUCCCAUAGCAACCCAGGGCACAGCCUCGGUCAAGGCCCUUCAGGAGAGCGGGUCGGGAGCCUCUCCCCCGGCGCCAGCUAGCCCCGGCGGCCGCUCCGCCUGCCCGGGACCUCCCCGCCUCACAGCCCACGGGCCCUGCCCUGUGAAUCUUACUAACCGAGGCCGCCGCCACCGCCACCGAGCCCACAGCUUCUCCCGGCCUGGAACCGACCUAUUUUUUAAUAAGUUACUUAGACAGAAUAGCACUCUGCAUGUCUUUAAUUCUCGGGACAAAACGGUAGUUCGUACCUUCACACGCGAGCACACACACGCACCGGUGUGUGGUCUAGCACAUGCACUGUUUCUGGCCCAGUG